AUGCCGUCCGCUGUCGGCUACGCUGUGCUGGGCUCAUCAUUGCCCCUUUCUCUCGGUUUCACGUUCAGAGUCGAGGGUCUCACCUACCGUGUUGACAUUCAUGGUGGUAUAUUUCACCAAAGAUCUGCCGGAGAUAUGAGGAUGUGGAAUAUCCUGCGGGAGAAAGCGAAAGACCGACAAGGCCCCAGGAUCCGCAAAAUGGGAAGCGACAAGCACAGGGGUCUAAGAUCGUCUAUCACGGGCAUGACAACCAAAAGAUGGGAGUUCCUGCAGAAAAAAAGACCCAAUCCUGCGUUGUGGAGAAACGGCGGACUUGAAUUCGACUCAAAGGAACUAGUAUGA